GGGACUCCACGCAGAGCUGCCGCGGUGCGGGGGCGCGGGGAGAUGGGACCCGGUGCCGAGGGUCUGCAGUCCGCCCUCCAGACCCUCAGGCGAGAGCGGAGCUCCCCACCCCCACCCCGCCGAGCCCGAGAGCCCUGCGCAGUUCCCGGGGAGCGGCGCAAGCCCGUCCGGGGGCGGGGCGGAGCCGGGCUAGGGGUGCCAGGGAGCCCCGGCGGCUGCGCCCCGCGAGCCCGCAGCCCAGGCGCAUUUGGUGGGGCAACGGGGCAGGGAACGCGCGAGGAGCGCGGGACUGAGGGCUCCACGGACAGACCGACAGACGGACGCCCCCGCACACGCAGACGCACCGAGCUCGGCACGGCCGCUGUCACACAGGCAGGGACACACGCAGACACGCACACUCGCGCGCUCACAGCCUCCCGCCAGCCUGCCUGUCCGCCGGCGCCCGGAGCCCGCUCUGGCCGUUUGCUUUCUGCUGAGGAGACUUCCUGGCCCUGGCACCAGAUGGCAGCGUUCCCUACCCAGACAACUUGGGAAUGAAGUUUGAGGGAGCUAGGAGUGAGAGAGAGAACCAGGCUGCUGAUGACUCCGAGGGAGGAACCCUGGACAUGUGCUGCAGUGAGAGGCUGUCAGGUCUUCCCCAGCCGGUAGAGAUGGAAGCACUGGACGAGGCCGAAGGACUCCCUGGCAAGCCGAAAGAGGUGCCACCACCCCCAUCACCCUCACCGCCCUCCGAGCCAGCUCACAAGCUGCCACCUCAAGGUGCAGGGAGCCACUCCCUCACCGUCAGAAGCGGCCUGUGCCUGUUUGCUGCCUCUCAGUUCCUGCUCGCCUGUGGGGUGCUCUGGCUCAGUGGCCAUGGCCACUCCUGGCUGCAGAACUCCACAGACCUCAUCUCCUCGACGCUCACACUGCUGAGCCAUCUGGGACCUGUGGCCUGGCUGGGUUCGGGGACCUGGGGGAUCCCAAGCCUGCUGCUAGUUGCUGUGACGGUGGGCCUGGUCAUCGCCUCCACCCUGCAGGUGUGGCACCUCCUGAAGGCGCCCCCAGAGCCACCCGCCCCGCUGCCCUCAGAGGACAGGCGCCAGUCAGCGAGCCGCCAGCCCUCCUUCACCUACUCAGAGUGGAUGGAGGAGAAGGCAGAGGGCGACUUCCUGGACCUGGACGCGGUGCCCGAGACACCUGUGUUUGACUGUGUGAUGGACAUCAAGCCUGAGGCUGACCCCACCUCGCUGACUGUCAAGUCCAUGGGUCUGCAGGAGAGGAGGGGCUCCAAUGUCUCCUUGACCCUGGACAUGUGUACUCCCGGCUGCAAUGAGGAGGGCUUCGGCUACCUGGUGUCCCCACGAGAGGAGUCAGCCCACGAGUACCUGCUCAGUGCCUCCCGAGUCCUCCGGGCGGAGGAGCUGCACGAAAAGGCCCUGGACCCCUUCUUGCUGCAGGCGGAAUUCUUUGAAAUCCCCAUGAACUUUGUGGAUCCAAAGGAAUAUGAUAUCCCAGGGCUGGUGCGGAAGAAUCGGUACAAAACCAUCCUUCCCAAUCCUCACAGCAGGGUGUGUCUGACUUCUCCAGACCCCGAUGAUCCUCUGAGUUCUUACAUCAAUGCCAACUACAUCCGGGGCUACGGCGGGGAGGAGAAGGCGUACAUCGCCACACAGGGUCCCAUCGUGAGCACCGUGGCGGACUUCUGGCGCAUGGUGUGGCAGGAGCGCACACCCAUCAUCGUCAUGAUCACCAACAUCGAGGAGAUGAACGAGAAGUGCACGGAAUACUGGCCAGAAGAGCAGGUGGUCCACGACGGCAUGGAGAUCACCGUGCAAAAAGUCAUCCACACAGAGGACUAUCGGCUGCGACUCAUCUCCCUCAGGAGAGGGACUGAAGAGCGAGGCUUGAAGCAUUACUGGUUCACAUCCUGGCCUGACCAGAAGACCCCGGACCGGGCCCCCCCACUCCUGCACCUGGUACGAGAGGUGGAGGAGGCAGCCCAGAAAGAGGGACCCCAUUGUUCCCCAAUCAUCGUUCACUGCAGUGCAGGGAUUGGGAGAACGGGUUGCUUCAUUGCCACAAGCAUCUGCUGCCAGCAGCUGCGACGCGAGGGCGUGGUGGACAUCCUAAAGACCACGUGCCAGCUCCGUCAGGACAGGGGUGGUAUGAUCCAGACGUGCGAACAGUACCAGUUUGUGCACCACGUCAUGAGCCUCUUUGAGAAGCAGCUGUCCCUCCAAUCCUCAGAGUGACCACCCUCCUCCUCUGAGCCUCUGGGCACUGCCCAGCUUGAGCCUGGGCCUUCACCCCAACUCCCCAAGAUCUUGCCUUGGGGCCUGGGCCUGCUCCCUGUCUCCCUCCCCCUCAUUCUUUCUCCUCUUCAGUCUGCUCCCCCUCCGUUACCCUGGCCUGGUCCCUACCCCCAGCCUAGCUCUUCUCCUGUACAUCCUGGGGAGGGCGGGGGAGGAAUGUGCCAGGCCAGGCCUGGGGCCCCUAGGCCUGACCCACACCGUACAGACUGGGGCCUCAGUUUUAACCAUGGUUCCACUGCUACUUGGUCCAAAAUGUUUCAUGCCACAUCCCAAGUGUCCUAUGACAACGUGUUCUAUCUGUCCAUGCAUCACAGCUACCUGUACCAGACACUGUGUCCCCUCAGCCAGAAAAGGAGCACUGAAAUGAGCUCCCCAGGCAGAGACUCUUGCCUCUGAGAAGCUAGAUUGCAUUUGUCACCAGGAUGAGGUUGGCAGGGCAGAGGAGAACAUGUUGGUUGACAGACAUCCCAGCUAGGAAAGGUUCCUGGGCAAGAGUGAGCAUCACCUAAAUGGCUUCUGGGUGCUUGGUACUCAGUAAGCAGCCUGUGAGGCACUGGAGGGAAAGAGGACAGAGGCAAUAGGGGGCCCCAAAGAGCUGGGCCCUGAGGGGCCUCUAAGAAUAGCGUGGGGACUCAGCUCCAGAACCUGCGAGACACCUUUCUGUGUCACUGUGGGAAAGCCCAAACGUCUUGCAACAUGUGGCUCUGCGUGUGUUCCCUUGCCCACAUGUGUGUUGAGAGCCCGUGAUCAGGUCAUGCAUGACUCUCCGGCAACAUGUGUUAGCUUGGAGCCAUGUGUUUUUAUUGCUGACUUUAAAUAUUUAUUCCACGGCAAACAGAGACAUUUGGUGUCUUUUUAUAAUUCGCUCGUGGUCAUUGAAUAGAGCAAUAAACAGAGCAUUUUGAGCA